CACUGUCGGCCGAGCUCAGGAGGAAAAGCCGGGCCUAGCCUAUGCCCCAUUCCUGUUCCCCACCUGUCUCUACCCCUGUCUCCCCUUUCCCUGGUUCUGCCAGACUAUCUCCCUGGGCACCAGCCUCCCCACCCACCCCUGGAAGGCGGGGCUUGGCUGCACCCACGUGUGGUGGAGUUAAAUGCUCCUAGCCGGCAGAGGAGCUAGGGAGUGUGGCACUGAGCCGGCUCAGGCAGAGACGCGGCACCAUGGCUAGCAAGAAAGUCUGCAUUGUAGGCUCCGGGAACUGGGGCUCAGCCAUCGCCAAGAUCGUGGGUGGCAAUGCAGCCCAGCUGGCACAGUUUGACCCACGGGUGACCAUGUGGGUGUUUGAGGAAGACAUUGGAGGCAAAAAGCUGACCGAGAUCAUCAACACACAGCAUGAGAAUGUCAAAUACCUGCCAGGGCACAAGCUGCCCCCAAAUGUGGUGGCUGUCCCAGAUGUGGUCCAGGCUGCAGCGGAUGCUGACAUCCUGAUCUUUGUGGUGCCGCAUCAGUUCAUCGGCAAGAUCUGUGACCAGCUCAAGGGCCACCUGAAGGCAAACGCCACUGGCAUAUCUCUUAUUAAGGGGGUAGACGAGGGCCCUAAUGGGCUGAAGCUCAUCUCCGAAGUGAUUGGGGAGCACCUCGGCAUCCCCAUGAGUGUGCUGAUGGGGGCCAACAUUGCCAGCGAGGUGGCUGAUGAGAAGUUCUGUGAGACAACCAUUGGCUGCAAAGACCCAGCCCAGGGACAACUUCUGAAAGAGCUGAUGCAGACACCCAAUUUCCGUAUCACCGUGGUACAAGAGGUGGACACAGUAGAGAUCUGUGGGGCCUUAAAGAAUGUAGUGGCCGUGGGGGCUGGCUUCUGUGAUGGCCUGGGCUUUGGCGACAACACCAAGGCGGCAGUGAUUCGGCUGGGACUCAUGGAGAUGAUAGCCUUCGCCAAGCUCUUCUGCAGUGGCCCUGUGUCCUCUGCCACCUUCUUGGAGAGCUGUGGUGUUGCUGACCUGAUCACUACCUGCUAUGGAGGGCGGAACCGGAAAGUGGCUGAGGCCUUUGCGCGUACAGGAAAGUCCAUUGAGCAGCUGGAGAAAGAGAUGCUGAAUGGGCAGAAACUGCAGGGGCCCCAGACAGCCCGGGAGCUACACAGCAUCCUCCAGCACAAGGGCCUGGUGGACAAGUUUCCCUUGUUCAUGGCUGUGUACAAGGUGUGCUACGAGGGCCAGCCAGUGGGUGAAUUUAUCCGCUGCCUACAGAAUCAUCCGGAACAUAUGUGAGUGGGGUCAGGGCCCAGGCCAAGCCGCUUCUUUACCCCAGUGGAGACCAGGAGAAGCCUGGGGUACCGAGUCAUCAAGAUCUCCAGGACUCCCAGGGAACAGAGUCUUCUCAUCUUUUCACUGGAGGACAGGAGGCUGUGGGGCCCAGCUAAACACUUGGAGAUUCUGAACUCUCAAGUCACUGGCAGCCUCUUGCCACCACAUCUGAUAGAAAUGCAGUUGCCCUGUCCUUCUCCAGAUGUAGGGCUUACUCCUUGUCCUCUGGGAGGGGUGGAAUCAAGCCCCAGUGCUGCCUGCUUGGGGUGGGUGGGUGGAGUAUAUGUGGGGAAGGGUUGGGGGAGAGGUAGCAGGGCAGAGGCUGCCAGUGGCUGUCUCACACAGACCAGGAAUCCUGUUAAAGGGCUGAAGAAAUAUCUUAGCCACAGCAGGAAUGAGGCAAGGAUUGUCAGGGAGGGGUCUGGGCUUCUGAGCUGAUGCAGGCCCCAGGGACCCCUUUGCUGACCUUUGCCAGGACCCACACAGCUUCAGUGGAUCUCAGUGUUUGUUAACAAAAUACAAAGAUCUCAAAAAACCCCCUUCUAGCUUCUCCUAGCAACAUCUGCGUCCUCAGAAACCUCUGGUCCUCCCCUUUCCCCCCUCCCCCAGGCUGCCCUGGCACCCGAGUUGCUGCCAUGCUGGCAUCUCUAGCCGGGUGGCUUGACAUUCUCCCCAGGGACUUCCCAGUUUCUAGUUCUUUGCCAGCUCCUCCCCGUUCUGUGUGACCUUUCCAAGCCCUCCCUCACCCUCCCCGCCAGCACCCUCUUUGGGGAGCAGGAACUUAAUCUGCUGACAGAGCUAUACCUUUCACAGCAGGCUCAGAUCACUGGGCUCCCUGUGACCUUUGUGUUCCCUGGCCUCCCUUCGCAGUAGCUUUAGCUGGGGGAGGUGUCAGCUGGGCCCCUCCUGUGCUAUUUCCCCAGAGGACAUCCCUGACUCCACCCCUUUCCUCCUCCCAAACCCUGCACCUAUUCUUCAGCUGCUCCAGACUGGCCAGGGUAACCAGCUAACCUGUGCCUGGCAUCUGGAAGCCAGCAGGCCAGAGGGUGGCCCAAAGGCUGAUGAAGCCUAGGGAAGGGUGAGCAGGUGGGUGGGUAUCGAUAUUCCAAGGGCAGCUCUUUGCUAAAUGAUGACCACACCAGCACCUCAGCAGCUGGGAAACUUAGGAGAAGGAAGAAAAUAAAAAUCACCCUACUCCCUGGGGUAAGGGAAGAACAGGAGCCGGGGAGGAGGAGUGUGCUCUGCACUGGCCUUGCUCCAGGAUGGGUGGCAGUAUUAGAAUGUCAGAGGUCAGCAGCCUAGGCCUCCAGCUAUAAAUAAUCCGAGGGCCUGAGAGGCUCCCGCCCGUCCAGCAGGGGUCUCAGCUUCCUGUGUGGCAGCACCUGGCACACUGGCUCUGGCCAGUAUUAUGCUAAAGCCCUCUUACUCUCCAACGAACCAGGGAGGCGGGCUCCUCUCUGCGCCUAGCCCUUGAGAAUUCCUACCAGUGAAGGGCGGAGCUGCCCAGAUCACGCAGCAAGAGUGAGGGCCACAGUUACCCCAGGCCUGGCUGAGCCCAGGUCUGGGCACUCAGUGACUUCAGAGCUGUCUCCCCAGGAGGUUAAGGUGGAGGCAAAGGGGAAGCUUCAAACACUUUUGCCUACUUUUGUUCCACCUGUCUACCCAAUAAAGCGUGUUUUUCCAGAAACAGGAAGAGUUGGGAGAGGGAGCUUCAGUGCAUGUGGCAGUGUGUGUGCUAGCGUGUAUCACUGCACGUAUGUUUCCCCUCUUACCGUAGGAAAAAUGAAAAAAGAAAUCCCUCCUCCAUAAUCGCAGCCACUCCAGGGGUCAGCGGUGGUGCCCACUCAGUACCCUCCUCUCUCUCCCCUCUCCUGCCAGCGCUCCUUCCCGCCCUCGCCGCAAGCUGGCUCCCAGCCUUCCCCACGCUUCUUAGGGGCUUUAUCAUGUCCUGCAAGAAGACACGUCAUACACGAGACAGAAACGUUAGACACUCAUCCGUCGUGCCCAUUCCUUGGUCACGGCCCAAGCUGCCGCCUCCUUGGCAGUCAAGACCUCGCGGUGCCGCUCCAGUCCCUACCUGGACUCGGCCCGCAGCCUGGCUCUAGGGAGCGCGCGGUCCGCCUCCAGACGGCCAGCUCCGAGAAUCUACCUAGCUACUGUUGACGUCACCAAGCUGUACGCCGAGGAUUGGCUGAUUCUGAUUUAGCAUCCUAACACUUCCGGUUCCUGAGCUAGGCUAGCCAAAGACCCUGCCUCGAGGGAGCGAAACCACAGCCCCCAGAAUUCAGCGGGCCUCUCGGAGAGCACGGGGAGUCUGAGGAUGCGUAGUAAAGAUAACGGGCCCGGAAGCCCGAAGUUCAAAGUCGGCCCCCAGCCGGAGUGGUGGCCCUCCCCAACUCCCGCCUUAGUGGGAGGAGUUGUGCAGCGUCUAAUGCGCGGUUCCCUUUGUAGCGUCUCAAGCCGAAUCCUAGAGGCUAAUCCGGCAGGUGGGAGGGAGAAAGUCGCCUUCCGCACCAAUAGCUGAGGCGUUCAGGGUUGUCCAGGGACGCUACCCGCUCGUGUCUGGUUCUGAGUGCUGCGUUCCGGCGUGCUGGAAAGUUGCGCAGACAGUGGCAGCGAGACGCUGCCUGCCUGAGGAGGCCUCGGUUGGACGCGAAGGAGCUGCAGCAUCCAGGGGACAAGAUGCCAACUGCCAAGCAGCUAGCUGACAUUGGCUAUAAGACCUUCUCUUCCUCCAUGAUGCUCCUCACUGUGUAUGGGGGGUACCUCUGCAGUGUCCGAGUCUACCACUAUUUCCAACGGCGCAGAGCCCGGCGCCAGGCCGCAGAAGAACAGAAGACCUCAGGAAACCCGUAGAACUGGGGCUUUUUCUCCUGAGCAGAGAGGCCCAAGGCAUGCUGUGGAGAGACCUGACCUGCCACUAUUUCCAAGUCAAGAGGACUAGAGCCUUGAUGGUUUUCAAACUCUGUUGGAAGAAGGUGCCCAUGGUUUCUCUGGUUCUGCCAGUCUGUGCCAGUUUGACAGUUUGUGGAGGCUAUUGAAUCAUAAUAGGAAUGUGAGGGUGAGGUAUACCUACAGACAUUAAAUAUUUUGCCAUGUC